UCACUUCUCACCAGAACAAAACAACAGACUCUCUCUCUCUCUCUCUACAGGACUUUCUGAUACGAAUCGAUAAAAACGUGCGCCAUUUCCCCUCCCUCUCUCUCUCUCUACCUGAUGCUGCUCGAUCGGAGAUGGUGACCGCCUCCGUGAUGCCCUCUUCCUCUUCCUCCGCCGCUUCCUUGUGCUCUCCUCGCUCCUGCCUCGGAAGCUUACCCCGGCCCGCGAUCCCCCCGCCGCGCCGCUCGCCGAACUCCAUCCCUCCCGGCGUCUCCUUCCCUCUCACCUCGCCCUCCCAAUUGGGGCUCAGGGCCUCCCGUGCUCCCCCUUCUCGCUCCCCCGUCCUCUCCUCCGCGCGCCAACUCAAGGCUGAAGUUGUUACGAAAGAUUCGUGGCAUGAGUUGAUCGUAAACAGUGAAGGUCCUGUACUGGUUGAGUUCUAUGCUAGUUGGUGCGGACCAUGCAGGAUGGUCCACCGGAUCAUAGAUGAGAUUGCAGAAGAGUAUGCUGGGAAGAUUAGAUGUUUUUUACUGAACGCCGAUAAUGACCUUGAUAUUGCUGAGGACUAUGAUAUCAAGGCUGUUCCGGUGGUCUUGAUUUUUAAGAACGGACAGAAGCGUGAAUCUGUUGUUGGUACCAUGCCAAAGGAUUUCUAUGUUGCUGCAAUACAGAGGGUAAUAGACUUCUAAGACCAUUAUGGAGAAAAUUAGUUGGAGGAUGAUAUAUUUGACCGUCAUCCUUUGCAGUGUGAUAAAGUUCUGCUCGCCUUGAAGCAUCAAGUGCAUGAUGAUUUAGACUGUACAUCCUUUAGAUGUUGUAACCACCACAAAUCUCAACCUCCUAGUUUUGGGGACAGUACUUCUUCAUCUCAGGCUUUCCUGGCUUGGGGGAAAGGUUAGAACUCUCUUCUAUGAACAGUAGUAGUCUGGCUUCUGUGUGUCUUCAAUGUCACGUAGAUAAAUGGUUCUCUCUUGUCAGAUUCAUUUUGUUGCUGGGAUUAAUGAAAUGGUCAAGUUGCAGGCACGCAAAAACCGCACCGUUUGCUUCUUUCUUGAUAGAUUCGAUGUUAAGAAGAGAGACACUACAUGG